UACCUGUGCGCCAAAACGCUGAUAUUGCCUCACCUGGACUGCGUCUGCGAUGGUGAAAAUCAGAUGAAAUAUGAUGAGGAUAUUAUUUUUCUGUGCACUUUUUUCGACGAAGGGGAGACGCGGCAGAGCUGAGCUGAGACAAACUUUCUCCAACCAAGGUGUAUUUAUUCCAAAAAGAAAAUAACAACAGCAGCUCCACAGGUUUUUUCAUUGCGUCGCCAUCCAAUCAUGUGGUAAUAUUCUCAGCGCUACCCAAAAGAUAGUGAACAACACUUUGAGUGGCUGACCUCAUCAACAGUCCUGCACCUGCACCAGCUGCUCACAUGGCCCACCCUUACGAGCCCUGGUUACGGACAGCACCACCUAGUGGCAGCUCAGAAGACAUGAACAUCCCCUCCUGGUGGGACCUCCACAGGGACGUCCAACCUGGGGGUUGGAUAGACCUGCAAACGGGACAGGGUGUCGGCUUGCCUUCAGUGAGUCCAGGGAGCUCCAUGGGGUUGCAGUCCUCUUUAGGCCCUUAUGGCUCUGACCCACAGCUAUGCACCCUGCCUCCAGCUCAGCACGCCCCGGCCUCGCACUCAGCCCACCUCUUUCCACAAGAUGGCUUCAAGAUGGAGCCACUGGCCCCUGAAAUGCUGCAGCAAGAACCGUUCUCCCUGGAGGAACCACAGGAGAACGUUGUCUCUGCCCGUCCCAAGCCCCAACGCCGAUCUUCUUCCAGAGGCGCCGGCCAGGCUGUGUGUCGCUGCCCUAACUGCGUCCAUGCUGAACAGCUGGGCCAGAGCACUGACGACAGCAGGCGGAAGCACAUGCACAACUGCCACAUCCCUGGCUGUGGCAAAGCCUACGCUAAGACCUCCCAUCUGAAGGCUCACCUACGAUGGCACAGCGGGGACCGGCCAUUUGUCUGCAACUGGCUCUUCUGUGGCAAGAGAUUCACACGCUCUGAUGAACUGCAGCGCCACCUACAGACGCACACUGGCGCUAAAAAGUUCAGCUGCGCAUUAUGUCCUAGAGUGUUUAUGCGCAAUGACCACCUGGCCAAGCACAUGCGCACACACGAGUCCCCGCCAGGACAUGGGGAGGAGAGGGUGAAUGGAGACGGGAGGAUGGAUAAGGGCUUCGAUGCAGCUACACCUCCUCAAUCAUCUUCAAAUGUGUCUGCGUCUGACACUGCAGAGCCUCCGCUGAAGCUGAAAUGUGAGACAGACCCCUCAGUCUCCAGUGUGACAGGGCAGUCUGGCUAAUUUCAUCACUUUCAGAAGAAGGUUUAACACUUGUUCCCCUCUCAGUCAUAGAGGUGUUAUAGUUUUACGAUAGAAUAGAGAAUAGGAAAAUGGUUUGGACAAACUUUAACUGAUGAAAGUUGGUUGGAAAAGAAAGCGUUUGUCUGUGGUCCUGUGAAUUCAUCGACAGGGCUAACUCGAUGAUAAAAUGCACACAGAAAAAAACAAAUCGUACUAAUUCUGUGGAUAGAACUUUGUUCUGUUUACUAAAAGUGAAAGGUGGCUAAGGAGGCAACCAAGCUGAAGCUGCCGCUUGUUGCUGGACUUCCAUUGCUGCUAGAGCCACCACUACCAAUAGACCAAGAGACUGAGAUGAGAUCAACUGAAGGUGGCUUGUUACCUUGUUUACAAUAAAAUGAAUCAAACAUGUUACUGGAAGACUUGGAGAAAUGUCUAACACAAUUUAUAUGACCAAUAUCAAAAGCAGCAUGCUUUUGAACAGAGAAAGGAGACGGCGAUAUUCUUUUUGUUUCAGACUGUCACCAUGUGUGUAGCCUACUGCGCAAGAUGUGAUAAGAUACUGGAAUAUGAUGGAGCAUUUUGUUAUUUUAAAAAAGGUCAGUAGCUAUUUGGAUAGUUGACAGUUUAAGCCACUUAACUGUGUGUGUGUGUGUGUGUGUGUGUGUGUGUGUGUUGGUUUGUAAGUAAUUAAAAUGAUAUGAUAAUAACCAAAAUGACAAAAACAGAUAAUAAUGCAUUGCAAUGGCAGCAUGCAGUAAUGUUAAUGUAAUACAGACACAUUAAUAUAACAGAAUAGAAUAUGAUAUAAUAUGAUAUAAUAUAACAUGAUAUAAUAUAAAAAUGUGAGUUCCAUGCACUACAAAGGCUACUAUUUACCAAAAAUAGUGUGUUUCUGGCCACCAAGGUAGGUUUGAUGGCAAAACACUUGACUCAUACAGUAGGAGAAUGUGAACACUGAUUCAAUGGAAAGCAACGAUACAAACAACCAUUAAGUCUGACAAUGAUGUGAAAAAGACAAACUCACAAAUCACAACUAAUUAAACCCAAAGAACAAAAAGGUGGUCAGAGCCACAGAGGGCAGUGACGUCCUCCAUGCUUGGCAGGUAAGAAGAAGAAGAAGAAGAUAAAACUGAGCGUCAUAAUCACCAAAGCUAGACAUUUCGAGAAAAUGCUCCCUGGGUUGCGAAAUGCUGAUGACAGUGAACAUAUUUGGCAGUAAACAUGACUCCACAGAGCCACCUUGUCAACACUACAGCCUGCUGGUGCUGGAAAAAACUUCCAGUAAGUUAGUUUAUUCACAGACUUAUCCAUAAACUGAAGCUCCACUCAGCUGUACCGAGUAUGCUGUGUUUUAGUGUAUUUAAGCUUAUUGUUUUGGUUUUCUGACCAGGUUCAGUCUCUACUGCCCUCAUCAAUUUAUACCACCCACAGGCAGCUGUUUUCUGCAAAAAUGUUCUGAUAAACCCACUGCAGGCUGAUUGUUCGGCACCAAACGUUGAAAAACAACAAUAAAUUAGCCAUUAGUGAGUGAACAUAAAGUAUAUUUGGCAGCUUGAAGCAGGUAUUUCACCUAAGGAACUGUUGAAGACCAAACUGGGCUAAAGGGAGAGCAAAUAUUGUAUUUGUCAGGUAUUGCAAAUAUUGUAUUUGUCAGGUGGCCAGAAAUGAAUGCCAAUUGUGCUCUCUGUCUGCUCGAUAUGUAAUGAGGCAACUGUUAACAAGGUCACCAUGAUGUCUUUUUACAAUACUAAUAUAUCUGUGUGAUAAUUACAGCUUGUUUCGCUGGGGGCCAAUAAAAUGAAACUAUGAUGAUGAUACCGCUUUUCAUAUCAUAAAUCUGCAGCGGAAAAUAUUGAAAGAACUUUACUUGAAUUCAUGCCACAAAAAGGUUCAGGCAGUACUACCAAUACUAUCCAGGUGUACCUCAUUAAGUGGGUUUAUACAGUUCUUCCAAAUAUCAUCAGCUUGAUUACCAUUUGCAUGUCGGAUCAAGCUUCAAUCCCAAUCAUCAACAAAGAAUGUGUGACUGGCUCAUCUCUCAACACAUUUUAUUAACAGCUGUUGGUGCAUGUGCACUUUUUCCAUGUUCACUAACACUGACAAGUCAUUUAACAAAACACAUUAUAACCAUUUGACAUGCAGAGACAGCUGUCUAGUAACAACAAUCAAAUGCAGUUGAACAACACAUGCAUCAGAAAUUGUUUAGGUUACUUGUUUUGAAUAGUUAACUUUCAUAAUCAAUAUUAUGUGAUCAAUAGUUCUGUAGCAAGCAGUGUGAGCGGCUUUACAGUUUCAAACACUAUUAGGAUGUAUGUAAACCAUCACAGACAUUAGGCUGAGAUUUCUAUAUAUAUUAGGGAGCUUGCAUUAUUGGAGGCUCACGAUUGCUGUAUUUAUGUAUAGAAGAUAAGAAAUGGAAGACCUUGCUUAAAGUCAGUCAGUCAAUUAUUGUGUAUUGACUAUUAUUAUUUUUUGUUGAUGUUAUUAUAGAUAGUCUUUUAUGUUGGUCAGUAGAACAAGAUGGACAACUAUUUUAAAUUGGUUGCUGUAGUAAAUGUUUUAGUUGAUUGUAAUUAAAUAAGUUCUAAAACUUUUAAUAAGUUAAGUAUC